CCGUGGUUAGAUUCAGAUGACCACACGUAGCCGUACCAGCCCUAUAAAUACUUCCCACCUUUUCGCUUUCGUCAGAGAGGUAGUGGAGUGAGAAACUGGGGCAUUCGAAGCUGAGAGUGGAGAGAGAGAGAGAGGGCGGCUACAAAGGUGUUGGCGACGGUUUUGUUUCCACUCCACUUAAAUUGAGUUGCCAUGUGUCCCCCAGCACCUGUCCCUCCUCCCGCUGAUAUUGGUUUAUAUUGGACUGAUGAGGAGCUCUGUAUGUGUUUGGAGAAAUUGGAACGUGGAUCCCCUCUCCCUGGCAACGUCAUUGAAGAUAUAAAUCCAUACCAGCACAGUCCCUCCUAUUUACCCGAAGGAAUUUGGUAUAUCGUACCCUCAGAUGGUAACAAAACUACUGAACUUGGAUUCUGGAAGGCCAGAGGGGAGGCCAAUAAAAUAUUCACCAACUCUGUCAUAACUGGUUGGAGAACUACUCUUGAAUUUUAUAAAGGCCAAACCCCUCAAGGACGAAGAACUAAUUGGGUCAUGCAAGAGUACAAGAUUACUCCAAAGGAACUAUGUCAUAACGUCAAGAAAAAGGAUUCAAAAUCUCUAUGCAGAGUCUUUCAUACUGGUAGGCAAAGCCCAAAUAUAGAAAUGCACCCCAAACACGGCAGUACUGCUUUUGAUGGUAGAAACCUCCCCCAUUCAACCCCAUUAACUAUUCCAAAAGCUGAUGGUAGCACCGGACCAGGUUCUAGAAGUGAAUGCCAGGUGAAGAAGAGUGAUGAAGAGACUGGAUUAUUAACUGUGGCUGAGAGAUUUACAGAUCCUCCUGCAGAAAAUCUGCAUGAACUUGAUUGUAUUUUAGGAGGUGACUACUUGGAGUUACACGAUCUUGCUAACCCCAACUCACCUUCUUCCAGUUCAGACAAUUCGAGCUGUCUGUCCUUGACAUCAGAAGAGUGUUUUGAUACAUUGGCCCUGUUGCAAGAUCUUGAGGAUGGAAAUAACAAAGACUUGCCAAAGAAGGAUUCUAGUUUCAAGUUGAAUGUAUCUGCAUCUGUCAGGCCAAAUGAGGUGGUUAUGCCUCCAGCCACACUAGGAUCUCUAAUUAGUGGAUGUGGAAGUAAGUUGCCUGUGGAAAGGACCCAAUCUGUUUCAGCUAGUAAGGAGAAAUUCAUAGAAAGAAGAGUCCCUGAGCAUGCUGCUGUCAAGAGGCUGAAGGCGAACCAUAUAAAUGGAGGUACAUCAAAUUUCUCUAAUGUCGCCGAAUCAUCUAGUACCGCUAAACCUGUCUCAGAAGGGCAGACUGAGCCUGUUGUUGUCAGAAUGAAAAAGCUGAAGAAGAAAUAUCUAUGCUUCAUGCCAUUCUAGAGCCUCUGUACAAAAUUCAUAUGCACUACAGCAUAUGAAAUAGGGUAUCAUAUCUAGUAGACAACUGUAUUGCAUAACUUUAUAUCACUAAAACCAAUUUGGUCAGAGAUUGCAUCCGAUGCUAGGGGGUGGCAGCAAUUAUGCAUUCCUGUUCCAGGGGAUGAAGGAAUAGUUCUAGACUAUUAGUACUGAUUAUUGGGGAAAAAAAAAGUAUGAAAAGAAAUAGGGGAAAGAAAGAAGAUUGAAAAAGAAAAGGACAAGAUUAUUUUAAAAUGAUUUUCAUAGCAUUUUAAAGUAGAUUUUUGAAGAUGGAGGAGAUUGAUUGUCAUUUUCUUUUAAACGAACUCAAGGUAGAGAAAAGGUAGGAGACUGAUACCAUAAAUGCAGAGCUAGAGGAGACUUCUCUUGUCAUAUUCUUUGUAAUUGUGAAAAUAGAAUGACCUCCUCUGGCCAUAUAUCUGUUGUAAAGUUGUUUUUAUCCACUGUUGUAAUGUAUUGUGCAUAUUUAAUAUGAAUGUGAAACUUAUCUCUGCCUCUUGUUGUUCUUGAUUACAUUGUCGCGGAAUGUAUGCAUUACACCACAGUUGAUGUAGCCACAGCCCAACCAAUCGCGCACACACACAUACAUACAUGUGAGUC